CUUGCCACGAGAAGAGGCUGCUGUCAUGGGUACAACAAUUUUUUACUUGAUGCUCAUUGCACUAAUCGGAAGGACUGGCUCUAUUUUCCAUGGAGAUGAUCAUCUAAAACAAUUAAGCAGAUCUCUGAUGUUCCCAGCAACAUCGCCAACUCGCGUUCAAUUCAUCGGCGGCAUUGGCAUUCCAGUGGAAGAUUUGCAUUUCGAGUCAGUCACUUCGGGCUAUGUCCUAAAGACGGAAUACUUUUUACCCACCACUGCACAGGAGAUAACCCGCGUGUAUAUGAAGCCUCAACCCAUUACGGGCAGACAUGAUGAAUCCAACUUUGGGUCGACAUAUCGUUGGAUAAUCUAUCGCAGCAUCGAAAUGGUGCUAAGGAAUAUGAAUCUACCGGGAAGACCCUGUCUUUUGAGAGUUAUAUGCGAACACGCCGCUCAUCCAUUAACCCACGAAAGUGGAUUACUUGGAGAGUUGCUUCACAUCGUAUUAACUCCUUCAAGCUCAUCGGAUUCUUAUUCUCUGCAUACCGAUCGGGAGUAUUUGACUGCAGAGCGAUUCGGCAAGCGCGGUGGAAACUGUGUCUCUGCCUAUGGCCAAAAGUGUUCGAAAUCUCCAAUUGACUUGGUUACCAUGUUGAUGUGAUAGAAAUCAGAAUUAAUCCCAAUAUUGUGAUAGAAAUAAAAAUG